AAUUUUUUUUUAAUUCAGUGGAAUUGACCAUUUUACCCUUUACCUUCUCAAUUAGAUCUGUCCAUUUCCCUUCCCUCCUAUCAUUUUUCUUUGAUCUGCAAAGGAAAAUAGGAUCGCUUACUUCCAAUUCUCAGUAAAGAAAAAGAAAUCCAAAGGGAAAAAAAUAUAUAGUUAUGUUUGGGACAGGAUUGGGGUUCAGGAGAGUCCGUGGAGAAGACCGGUUUUACAACCCGGCCAAGGCGAGAAGGUCGUUUGAGAACCAGCAAACUGAUCAACUACGGAGGGCUCAAAGCGAUGUUACGGUCACCCAAUCGAAUGUGGACCGGGAGACGGAGAAAGUCGUUGCUUCGACUGACCAUAAUAAACCGGUUUUGGUUCCCGUUUCAGAACCGGUCGUCUCUCCUUUGAGUAAUUUGGAGCGGUUUUUGGACUCGGUCAUGCCUUCCGUCCCCGCACUUUAUCUCUCUAAGAGGACGAUUAGAGAGUGGCGGACACGUGACGGAGAAUUUCAGCCAUAUUUCAUGUUAGGCGAUUUAUGGGAGACAUUCAAAGAGUGGAGUGCUUAUGGUGCUGGAGUCCCACUGAUUUUGAAUGAUUGUGAUUCUGUUGUUCAGUAUUAUGUACCUUAUUUAUCCGGUAUUCAAAUAUAUGUGGAUUCCAUGAAAUUGCCUGCCAAGUCCAGGCAACCAGGUCAGGAUAGUGAUAGUGACUUUAGGGACUCGAGCAGUGAUGGUAGUAGUGAUUGUGAACCUGAAAGAGGAUCAAAUGCUUUGAGAGAAACAAGAAAUCUCCACAUGGCAAGUGAGAUAUCUCGUAGGAUGGAUAGAUUGUCCAUGGGAGAUCAGCAGAUACUUCAAGAAGACUUAUCUAGUGAUGAGGGGGAAUAUGUCAAUUCUCAAAGUUGUUUGAUUUUUGAGUAUUUUGAACGAAACCCUCCUUAUAGCCGAGAACCUUUAGCUGACAAGAUUGAAGAUCUGGCCUUCCAGUUCCCUGAAUUGAAGACACUAAAAAGCUGUGAUUUACUAUCUUCCAGCUGGCUUUCCGUUGCAUGGUAUCCGAUUUACAGAAUACCUACUGGACCUACAUUAAAAGAUCUAGAUGCUUGCUUUCUGACUUACCAUUAUCUUCAUACACCCAGAGGAGGUGGAGAAAGUGCUCAGGCACCGAUUGUGACAUGCCCCAAUUACAUGGAUGGUGUUCCAAAGAUGUCAUUGCCUGUCUUCGGUCUUGCAUCAUACAAGUUCAAGGGAUCCUUGUGGAUGCCUAAUGGAACAACCGAUUGUGCCUUGGCAAAAAACCUCUUUCAGGCUGCUGACAAUUGGUUGAGACACCUUCAUGUCAAUCAGCCAGAUUUCUCAUUUUUCUGCAGCAGGUGAUAGUCCGAUAUCUUUGUAAUGGUAGUUCUAUCACUCCAGAAGGGAAGUGCAAUCAUUACAUGUCAAAAUAUUUCCUACAAACAAACUAUAUUUCCUCAGUAUUGGAGGUCAAGGCCAAAUGUUAAAUUUGGGGUUGUAAUAAUUUAUAAAAGAACAGAACUUGGGGGGGGGGGAAAUGUCGUCCGACACGGAACCGUGCUGGAUGGAAGGGAAGAAGUGAAGCAUUUGCGAUAAAUAAAGGAAUUGAAUGGAGAAAAAAUUAGACUCAGACGCUGAUGUAGAGCCUGAGCUCAAGCCAGUGCGGAGGCGGUUUCCUUUCACUAUCAGCAUAGAAUAUAUAUUAGUUUCUUCUUCUUGCUUUUACUUUACCAUGUUUUAAUUUUAAUUUAUGGAUAAGUUAAGAAAAACCAGGCCCUUUUUUCGUCCUGAUGAUAAAAAAUGUAGGAUUUCAUGUUUUACUAGACAUUAUAGAGGGGAUUUUGGUUUGGUUGCUUGCAUAAGUGCGACCUUUGAGCUAUCCCUUAUAUGUAUUGUAAUGCUAAUAAUGUUUAUCAACAUUUAAUCAUCUU